GUGUGUAAAAAAGAAUGUUGGUAGCACUGCCCAGCCAUCGAUGGCAACUGACAGUUCGGACGCAUUUUUGUGAAAAGUUUUAUGGUUAUUUCCGCUGAAAUAAGUAUUUAAAAUAAUGGCAGAGUUUGAUUUAACUUCGCGCAUAGCGCAAUACUUAGAUAGGCAUUUAAUAUUUCCUUUAUUGGAGUUUUUGUCCGCUAAAGAGAUAUAUAGCGAACAUGAAAUCUUAAAAGCUAAAACUUAUAUUUUGAGUAAAACGAACAUGGUAGAUUAUUCCAUAGACGUAUGGAAACAACUGUAUCCAGAUCGUGAAGUUCCCGAAGAGAUGAAGGAUCGUCGUCAACACGUUGUAGCGGAACUUCAAGUUCUCCAAGAAGAAGUUGAACCGAUUCUUCGCGUUAUGGCCGAUGAUGAAACGAUGAAAAACAUGGAAAGCAUGCGCGAUUCAAAAACUCUCAUUAAUUUUCUUUCUCGUGAGUACAGAUUUGAAAUAGAAAUGAUUGAAGGAUUACACCGUUUAGCUAAACAUCGCUACGAGUGUGGAACUUACUCUGUUGCUUCAUCAUACUUAUAUUUUUGCUCAUUGGUACUUCCACCAAAUGACAAAAAUUAUUUGAGUGUUCUUUGGGGGCGUUUAGCUUUACACAUUUUGGUACAGCAUUGGGAUUCUGCUUUGGAAAGUUUAAAUGUUUUAAGAGAGUACAUUGAUUCCAGUCCAAAUCAAUUUGGGGGAAACAGCUUACAACUGUUACAACAAAGAACAUGGUUAAUUCAUUGGUCAUUAUUUGUUUUCUUUAAUCAUGCAAUGGGGAGAGAAUUGAUAAUUGAUUUAUUUUUGUACAGACCUCAUUACUUGAAUGCUAUUCAAACAAUGUGUCCCCAUAUUUUGCGUUAUCUAACAACAGCGGUUAUAAUUAAUCGUACACGGCGAUCGGCUCUUAAAGAUCUGGUAAAAGUCAUCCAACAAGAAAGUUAUACAUACAAAGAUCCGAUAACAGAGUUUGUUGAACAUCUUUAUGUUAAUUUCGAUUUUGAUAGCGCUCGUCAAAAACUGCAUGAAUGCCAAACGGUUUUGUUUAACGAUUUCUUCUUGAUAUCUUGCCUUGAUGAGUUUGUUGAAAACGCUCGCUUGAUGAUUUUUGAAACGUUUUGUCGAAUACAUCAGUGUAUUAGUAUUGGAAUGUUGGCGGAAAAAUUAAAUAUGAAUCCUGAUGAAGCUGAGUGCUGGAUUGUUAACUUAAUUCGUAACGCUCGAUUGGACGCUAAGAUUGAUUCUAAAUUGGGACAUGUCGUAAUGGGGGCUCAACCGCUUUCGCCAUAUCAACAAUUAAUCGAAAAGAUUGAUUCAUUGUCAGUGCGAUCAGAAACCUUGGUUGGGCUUAUUGAUCGAAAAUUAAAAGCAAGGACAGAUAUACGUUGGGGAAAUCAAGAAUUUUGAAACGUUUAUUAAGUUGUGUAUUAUUUUUUUCAACAAACUAAGAUUGAAGUAAUAUGACUUCUUUAAUACAAAGAGUUUUACAUAAA